AUGGCAUUAGUUGAACGUCGUAAUGAUAGAACAGACCAUUUAUCAAUAUUUGAUUAUAUAACACAUUGUAUAUAUAAAUCAGAAAAUGAUCGUUUAUCAUUAGGCGUGCGUUGUGCACGAUGGUCGCCAACAGAACAAGUUAUUGUCGUUGGAGAUUAUGAAGAGUGUAUAACUAUUUUUAGUUAUUUAACAUAUAAAAAAAUUCAAACACCAUUUGAACAUCCACAAGAAUUAGUAUCUGAAACAGAUAAUACAAUUUUAAAAGAAGAAGAAUAUAAUUCAGACAAUUAA